AUUGCCUCAAUGAACAAACGCAAGAUCAUCCAACAGGCUGUAUUUAAUGAACUCUGCAAGAUAUUGGAUCCCGGGAGGCCUUCUUUUACACCAAAAAGGAGGGAAACCAGUGUUGUCAUGUUUGUUGGAUUGCAAGGAUCUGGAAAAACAACAACUUGUAAAAAAUAUGCUUACUACCACAAGCAAAAGGGUUGGAACCCAGCUUUAGUGUGUGCAGACACAUUCACAGCCGGAGCAUUCGAUCAAUUGAAGCAGAAUGCUACAAAAGCUAAAAUACCUUUUUUAUGGAAGGCAUAUCCUCUUCCCAAUAUAUUAAGUGUCAUCUUCUUUCAAUUUUUUUUUAGAUAUUUGAUGCAGCUAAAAUCUGAUGAUGUUGAUCCUGAUGAUGGUUCCCUGUCCUUUUUUCAUUGAGAAGAAGCUGAGAUUCUCCAUUUUUAUUUAAUUAAUUUAAUCUCCAAACGUCUAAACGAUGUCAUAAGUGUGUAUAAGAAUCACAAAUAUAAAGUACAUUUUGAUAAGGAAAUUAGAGGAUGAAGUCUGAGCAGCAUUUUAUAACUUAUAGA